AUGACCCAAGUAAUUCAAAGUUAUGAAUUGCUACUUCAAAAGUUGGUGAGCAAUCAUAUCGGAAGUGAUUCCUCUUCUUCCUCAACGACUCUAGAUUCCGUUGAUUUGCAAUUACUGUAUCAAGAUUCCUAUCCAACAAAUAUUCAUGUUCCAGUAUUUUCCGACCUCUCUUCUUUGGAGAGAAAUUGCUUUGUUUUUUCUCAGUCCAUUCUUUCGGGAGGACAAAUUAAGUAUUAUGAACAACAACUAUUGAAUUAUCUUCAAGCAAGUUUAAGGUCGGAGGAAAACCUUCAAAUUGAUGGAAUAUAUGAAAGGACGUGUGAUGCAGGGCGGACCUCUCAUCUCUAUUUUUCAACUGCUUGCCGAAAUAAUGUAAAGCUGAACAAAAAAACCGAAUUGUUGCAAGGGUGGACAGGAGAAGUUUUCAAUUUGGAGCGAGUCUUGUUCAGUAAGGAUAUUUUGAUAAACAAAGAAGAACGUUUGAAGUUUACGGUCAAAACAUUUCUCUCCAUAUGCAAAGCUUUGAGUGAACUGCACUCAUGUAAUAUUAGUCACAACAGUAUCCUACCAAAGAAUGUUCUAGUGCUUGCGAAUGAUCUGCGACAAAUCCUUAAUGCAGAGAUUAUUCUACAAAUACCAAGUUUUGGUCUUGAAACUAUUAGAGACACUUUAAACGACGAACAUGUCACAUAUUUUUCAAGACAAGCAUUUGAGAAUGACAAUGAACCAUUCUCCACAUCUAAUGACAUUCACAUGCUAGGAACAAUGAUUCUUGGUGUACUGUUUAAGGAGGAAAUUGAUCCAAAGUUACUCGAUAUCGACGAUUGGAAGAAUGAAAUGCAAAAUAUUAAAGACAGAGUAUAUAGAGCGUUAAACCCUGAAGGUUUGCACAGUGACUCAAUUGACGUUCAAUUGGAAGUGGUCUUGAAGAAGAUUCUAAAUAUUGCCUUAGAUUGUUUGUCUCCUCAUGAACAAGACAGGCCAAGCAUUUCUGAUGUGUUACAGAUUUUUACAAUCUGUCAAGAAAAAUUGUCUGAUCAUGACAAUGAACGAGCUGAGUUAAUGCCUUCAAGAAAACCCAAACCACAAGUAGCCACCAAAGCCAACAUUGUUGUUCCAGCAAUUGAUUACAAUGAUGAUAUUAACACAAGAACAAGAUCAGACUCCAUCAAUUCUGAGACAUCAGGACGAAAAUCUAGAUCGUGGAAAGCAAUCAUCAAACCUUUCACGAAUUUAUUUGUUAAGAAAACAAAAAAGACGUAG